AUGAUAUGCCGCUCGUGUCUCCGGGCAGCGUCCCGCUCCGCCCGCCAAAUCGCUGCGCCGCCCGCCUCUCUGCGCCCCCAGCCCACCACCCGCUUCUUCGCAACCAGCUCGUCGGCGCACUCGCCGCCAGCCGCGACAUCGACAUCUGCCGCGCAGCCCUUUAGCGAGCCAUUGACGCCAGCUGCGAGUCCCGAUGCGAAAGCCACGGCCGCCGACGCAGCAAAGAAGAAGGCUGUGCCCUUGGUCAAGAGCAGCGUGCCCGCGGGCCAGCCACUCAAAGGUCUCAAUUUCUUAAAGGACAGGCAAGACCCCAUUGCCGCGCCCGACGAAGAAUACCCCGCGUGGCUGUGGACGCUGCUGGAUCGCCAGGAGAAGAAGGCAGAUAAAGCGGCGGGGGAUUUGUUUUCAAAAUCAAAGAAACAGCGCCGUCUAGCUGCAAAGCGCCUCCGCAAAGAACAAGCCAUGAACCCUGAUAUGAUGGCGCCAAAGAUAGCCAUAUACGAACAAACAAUUGAUUUGCCGGCUGGAGACGGCUCGCUGGCGGGUGCUGUGCGCGCGGCAGAUGCGCGAGAUGAACUUACAAAGGCUAUGCGGAAUAAGCGGAGAGCUUCAAUUAAGGAGGCUAACUUCCUGAAGGCUAUGGGGUAGAUGACUGUUUGAGGUGGGUGAGUGGGUCUCUGGAGACGCUGUGUGAGAGACUUGGAGAGAGAGAGAUGGGGGAAAGGGGGGGGCGGAGAAGAGAACACCCGAAUGAAGAGAUUCAACAGCUAUCUCUCUCUCUCUCUCUCCUUGCAAAUAUGGGAAACG